UGCAAUUUCCAGUUCUUGUUCGACAUGCAUCAGGACCUUUAACAAGAUUACUACACUCCUGGUUACUGUAUGUAUACUACAGAAAUUCGUGUAGAGGGAUGGACACAGAGCAACUUCACAUGAAACAUUGUUUGCUCCUGUUCCUGCUUGUCGGACAGGGCCUAUGGCCUAUGGGCCGUGACCAGGUCUUGGCCCAUUAAAGUGACUGGGGGUGCUGCUGGGCUCAGCACAAAAUAAAAGGAGAAAAAAAAAGCGCGCGAACCCUAGGCAAGAUCACAUUCACAUGGAUCAGAUCUUAUACCUUACCCUUCCUUUCGUUCCAUGGGGCGGCGGCCUAUUCAUGGCGCCGGGCGGCAGCGGCGUUUUCGUGGCGGCGGGCGGCGGCGGCGGCUCGGGGUACGACGAUGAGGAGGAGGAGGAGGAAUGGGGGGACUUGGAACCUUUCUUCUUCGACGAGGCAGAGGCGGUGGCUGAUCAUGAGAGGCGAAUGCGGAGAGAACAGGAGGAGGCGCAGAAGGCGGCGCAGCGCCUCCAGGCGGCGAUCGCCAGGGAGAACGCCAAAAAGGCCGUGCUGGCUAAGAUCUCAGACUACGAUCCGAAGCAGGGUGGCGAAUACUACAAUCGAUUUUACACCGACUUCUCCAAAUUCGACCUCGACGAGGAGUCUCCCCUUGAACCAAUGAGAUACACUAAUAUAAUCUACAAUGAGGGUUAUGAGCACCGGAAGAAUGCUGCAGUGAACAUUCUAUCCGUGAAGAUAGCAUCAUCGGAUGUCGGUUUCCCCAUUGAUGUAUACGGCACUGUAAUUUUCAGAGACAGCAUUGAUUACAAGUGUAUUUCACUCUUCCAUCGUGAGAAAGAUAAUUGUCAACCCAUCAACUCAAAGGAUGAAUCAUUGAUAUUGACUGGCCCAAAACGAGGACUGAAUUUACUAGAUGAUGUAUAUGUUGAGUUUGAUUUGAAGAUCAAGGACCGUCAGGUGCAGGAAGAGAAAGAACUUAGCAAAGGAUGCAUGACUAUCAGGGGCACAGCAAGUCGAUAUUUGGACAGAUGCAAGGUUGACAGCGAUGAACUUGCUACCAGGCUCAGUACCAUGGAGGUGAUGUAUGCAGUUGUGAACAAUGCAGUGGAGGCUACCAUUGCAGUUGAAGUCCUAAGGGGAGAAUUUUAUGGAGAAAUCACUGCUUGCGCCACCGGUGUCCCUAAUCAUCUUGUGCUUCAUGAUAGCAAACUGGCUGGUGUGAUGAAUAACAGCACCGGUGUUAUCCAACUUUUGCAAUCUGUUGUGUCUGUCUCUCUGGAGGAGAAGCUGCUUGUGACUGUCGUGGCCCAGACUGAUGAUGCUGAAUGUGAAAGAACCAUCACUUUUACUCCACAUAUCAACGGUGGAGACGGAGAUGUAAUUACUCUUGGUGUAACCAAGAUGUUCGUGAAGGUUGUUUGGUCACUGAUUCGUCUUAGUUUCGUAGCUCUAAGCUUUACUAGUUACCUUCGUAAUUUAUAAUAAUGACUAUAUAUAUGUUGGGCAGAAGUAGUAGUUUGUGUAUUGACUGGUAUAUUGUGAUGUGAUUGUUAUGUCGA